CCGAGCUUCCACUACUUAGUUCAACAUGAUUUACAUUUCUUUCAUAUUUCUGCCGUUGCUUCCAUCAGUAUGCACCAGAAUAGUACUUCGUUACCAUGUUACCAGUCCGACACGAACUCCUCCGUUGGGGAACGCAACGACUUGCAUAAGCCGUGAGCGCCACAAAUCUGCGAAUUUUGCACGAAGGUGUCCACAAUCAAUAGCUUGAUAUGCAUUAGACAGCACACAGGCAUAUCAAAGUCAACCAUACGGGGCUGGAGUAAGGUACUAUCAUAUACAGAGAUCAUUCCGAUAUAGGACUCUAGGACGCUCGUGCAGGUCCAGUACGCCAUCGCCCACAGCGUCAAGCUAGGCCGUCUCACCUACCCAUCAACAUCCUCAUCAUGACAACCUCAACACCCAGCCAAGCAGGUCGUAUCCUGAUCAGCGGCGCAGGCAUCACCGGCCCCGUCGCAGGAUACUGGCUCGCACAAGCCGGCUACUCAGUCACCAUCGUCGAACGCGCCCCUUCAAUCCGCACAUCAGGCCAAAGCAUCGACGUCCGCGGUCACGCCCUGACAAUCCUCCAACGCAUGGGUCUCGAAGGAGAAGUCCGCAGCCGCACCACGCAGGAAAAAGGCCUGCGCUUCAUCGACGGCAAGGGCACCACAAAAGCCGAAUUCCCAGUCGACCCGAACGGCGCCAGUUUCACCGCGGACAUUGAGAUCCAGCGCGGCGAUCUAGCCGAGAUACUGUACGACGCGACCCGCGAGAAAAUCGAGUACAUCUUCAACGAGUCGAUCUCCCGCAUUUCCGAGGACAAACAGGGCGUCACUCUCGAAUUCACCAACGGUCUACACUCAAGAACAGUCGAUCUCCUCGUCAUAGCGGACGGCAUCUCCUCGCGCACAAGGGAGAUUGCAUUUCCGAACCAUCCAUCUACCGUCAAGACUCUAGGCCAAUGGUCCGCAUGGUUCACGAUCCCCGGAAUACCCGCGGGUACCGAUGACGGCUGGGCGCGCUGGUACAACGCUCCCAAAGGCCGCAUGAUCCUCGUCCGGCCUGACACCAGCCACAAAAAAUCCCGAGUAUCACUCUGGAUCAUGACGACUCCCGAACUAGAGUCGGCGCUGGUCGAAGCACAAUCACCAAAUACCAAGGAUGAUCAGAAACAGCAACAGCUAUGGAAUUCCUUCUUCACAGACGCAGACUGGUCCGAAACACCACAUAUCCUCCAAGCCAUGCUCUCUGCCCCGGACUUUUACGCCCAGAAAGUCGCACAAGUCAAGUUACCAUGGUGGUCUACCUCCUCCGGAUCAGUCGUCGCCGUCGGCGACGCGGCGUAUUGUCCCUCCCCCAUCUCCGGCAUGGGCACCACCCUCGCAAUCACAGGCGCGUACAUCCUGGCCGGCGAGGUCGCGCGAAAUCGUCCCAACUUUUCCGCGGGAGUGUCGGCGUACGAAGCGAGAAUGCGUCCCUUCGUGAAGACCGCGCAGGAAUUAUUCCCGGGUACACCGCGGCUUGCGAAUCCACAUACCGACUUCGGGGUAUGGAUUCUGCAUUUAUUUUUGGCCUUCUUCGCGUGGACGGGGUUGGCGAGGGUGUUGGGCGAGAGGUAUAGUCCGGUCGCUGAUGCGAUUGAGUUGCCUGAGUAUGCUUUCUCUUGGGGAUUCUUUCGAGGGAAGACAGCUACGGCAACUACCACUUCAUCGGCACAGCGUCGAGUAGGAGAAGGAGAUGGGACGUAGGGACGUAGAGUGGCAUGGUCGCCUUGUGGAUAAGUAUUGAAAUUGCAAUGCAUUACGCUGGCAUGUUAGUACACUAAUUCGCAAGCAUGGGUUCACCCUCCGGGAGCGUCGCCAAAUGGACGAUCAAUGAGCCAUGGUCAUACAAUAGUCUCAUUUAGACUGCGCAAAGUACCCUCUCAAAGGUUCACGCGCUAUAUGAGAUCGUAGUAGAAGUAUGCAUAUGCCCAGGCCAAACAUUGUUGCACGUGUGU